AUGGAGUCAAACACGCAAGCAGUCGUCAGUGCAAUAAAACACGCAGUGAAGAAGCUGCUGUGCAACCCGCAUACAAAAGGCAUGGUCAUGAAAAUCAAGCUCUAUGAAAUUCUAUUCGACAUGGCACUGUCGGGUACUGCAAGAAACGAAAGAGAAAUCUUCUACAUGGCCGUAAACACAUUUGGGUCACAAAAAUCGCUAGCUAGGCUUGUUUCAAGCAUAAUGCAUGAAACAGGACUUUCAAAGACAAGCCUCGGCAUCAGAAACACACUUAAAGGAACAUUCAUUGGAAGCAUCGUACUCGUAAAAGCAGAUACAUCCGAUCGUGCAUCCUCUGUAGAAAAACUGUGUUCGCAAGCAUGCAGUCCACAACUUAUUCCAGAUAUGUCGUGUGUCGUAGAUGCAUUUACACUUCAUCCCAUUGUAGUAGUUGUUGAAAAAGACACAAUUCUUCAUAGGAUCGCAGCCGUGCUCUCAACCGAGCCUUAUUUCAAUCAGAUACUGCUUGUGUGCGGAAAGGGAUAUCCUUGCAGAAACACUGUUGCGUUACUAAAUAUGCUUCAGAAGCACUCUACUGCAAUCCUGGGUCUUUUUGACUUCGAUCCAUUUGGAAUUCAUAUAUACAGCGUGUACAAGUACGGAACCAAGAAGUCAUCGAGUCUGCGGAUCAGCUCUAUCCAAAGAAUAGGAAUACAUGCAGAACAUAUCCUAUCCUACAAUAUACAUGCCGCUGACUUUAUGAAUCUUAAUCAGUAUGAUAUUGCGAUGAUCAGUAAACUUGAAAAAAUAGAUGAGCUUGCAUCCGAUGCACUAUUCAUCAAGCAGUUGGGCAAAAAACUCGAGAUGGAAGCAUUCUUCAGCACAUAUACUCACAUCAUAAAAUCAAUCAUUUCACAAAAGCUCAAGGAGAACUUCUUGUGA